AUGAAAUUUGCGUCGCCAUUCUGCGGCUGUGCCAGGGAUUCAGAUCUUGAUCCUCAUACCGUUAACUUGGAUCCCUGCACACGAGAAACACGGUUUCGUACCUGGCGCUCGUCACGCUAUCGCACCUAUGAUCCACACAGCCUUCGGCUUCCAACAAGCAAAGACGCACACCUACUUCGACGAAGUCUUAUACUACUCGUUUUGAUAUUACUCGAGAUAAGUUCCUGGGCCUUCUUGUUUGCGUGGCGACUCGAAAGCGCAAUCCUUGAACGAGGCCAAGGCUCAAGUGACGAUAAAAAAUGCGGGACCCCACUAUAUCAGGUGGUCGAUCCUGGGCUUGCAUUAAUACCCCGACUAUACAUGUUGAUUCUUGUCAUCAAGUCCUUUACCACACCUGCCGACCCAGUUUCGCCCGCACGAUUCACUCUUUACAAUCCGCAUUAUCUCGUAUUUUACACACUCGCCUCGAUUUCCGCUAUCGUUCGCAGCUUUUCGUAUUUCGUCACCAAUCUCGAAGACAGCUGGAUCAUAUCAUCAACCACCGAAAAGUCAUUUGCAGCAAUCGAUCUGGUCAUCUGCCUGGCUGUGUGGAUCCUAUGUGCCACGACCCCAGGAGAACUGGAUCAGGGCGAGCUUCUAGACAUUGAUGAUGCUGAUGAAGGUAUCCUUGUCCUGCACGAUGGACGCGUGGUUCGCAGUGGUCGUAUACUAAGUUUGGAGGCGAGCGCUUCACCCUUGUCAUCUGUCACGUUCAGCUGGAUGAACAGCUUACUCUACAGCGGAUACAAAAAAGCACUCGGCGCAGAUCAACUCUGGGCAUUACCAUUCCGCCAACGCGCCAAAGAAAACUACCGACACUUUCGCAACAUGGCACGAUCCAAAAGUCUCAUUGUACGCAUCUAUCAAUCCAACCAAAAAUCAAUCCAUCUCCAAUUCAUCACUGCCAUAGCCGCAGUCGCCUUUCACUACGCCAAUCCAUUCUUUCUGCAUCGAUUACUCAGUUACAUUCAGGCACCGGACGAGUUCCCCCGUGAAUCGGGCUAUUUGUACUGCGUAGCCAUUUUUGUAUGCAACAUAAUCAGUACGUUGAUAGCGUCACAGACACUGUUGUGGGGUCGACGUUGGCAUGUUACCAUGAACAAUAUGCUCAAUUCGGAAAUCUAUGCGCAUACCUUGCGUCUUGGCCGUAUUGACGAUGAAACAGCGUCAUCAACAAGAGUGGGUGAUGACCAGGGAUGCGGUAGUGGUGGUGCUGACAAUAUGGAUGAAAAUGCAGCGAGUCGACGUGCCAGUUUGAUGAGCGAAGACACAGAAAGACUGGCGGAAUUGGCAUCUUAUCUUCAUAUCUUUUACACGUGUCCAUUGGAAAUUAUCACUGGCGUUGUGUUUUUGUACUAUCUGCUUGGCAAAGCCUUUUUGGCGGGACUAGUCGUCAUGGCAUUCGCCCUACCUUCGACUCAUUACAUCAGUCGAAAACUUGUGCAUGUUCAAAAGCAGCUCACAGAAGCAAAAUCAUGGCGCAUACGACUUGUGAAGGAACUUGUGUCGAAUAUCCGGGCGACUAAGUUUCUUGCAUGGGAGCGUAAAUGGGAGCAAGUGAUUACAAAUGCUCGCGAUGACGAACUGGUCAAGCUAAUCAAGCUAUAUACCCAAAAUACCAUUCUAUCCUUGAUCUGGUUUGCCACACCUGUUUUUGUCACUUCAAUCUCAUUUGCGUGGUACACCCUCGUUGAACAAAAGCGGCUGGAUCCGAGGCAAGUUACUGCAUUUGUAAGCAUUGUACUCUUUGGUAUGCUCCGAGAUCCUCUAAAUGUGAUGCCACAAGCAGUCAUGGCAUACAACGACGCAAAGGUCAGCUUGAGGCAUAUCAACGCGUUCUUGAACACUGGAGAUAAGCGCGAUUCUGAUACCGACUCUAGCAAUUCAUACCACGACGACGAGUAUGACGAUGAGGAUGCUAUCCAUAGACCUUACGACGAACGGGUAAAGGUUGCAUUUGACGACAAUAGUGUCUUCCAAUGGCCAUCGCCGCCACAAGACGCUGCCGCGCACCAACAGCAGCAUUUACAACAACGCUUGGAUAAAUAUCAUGACAAUAUGCGUGUAGAAUCGGAAAGCAUACCACCACCACCACCACCAGCAGUACCAGCAGCAGCAACAUCAUUGUUCACGCUCAGCUUGCCUCGAUUGUCGUUUCCUCCAGGCCGACUCUCCAUAGUAACUGGUCGUCAUGGCAGUGGCAAAUCGAGCAUGUUGUCUGCCUUGCUAGGCGAAAUGACACUCAUUUCAGGGAAAAUGCAUCUACCGUCGCAAUUCUUAUCGCCAUACACAAGUCUUGUCAAGGACGACAUCAACCAAGCCGUCUACGUUUUCAAAGUCGCCUAUGUACCACAAACACCAUGGUAUCAGUACGGCACUGUACGCGACAACAUUUUGUUUUUUGAAACGUGGGAUGAUGGACGUUAUCGUGAAACGCUGCAUCAAUGCGACCUUUUACGUGACCUGUCACUGUUGGAAAAUGGGGAUUUGACACUUAUUGGUGAACGCGGCACAUCCAUUUCCGAAACGCUCAAGCUUAAAAUAUCCCUCGCACGCGCUGUGUAUUCACGGUCCAAAACGGUCUUGAUCGACGAUAUUUUCGCCAGAUUCGACAAACAUACCGCUGCACUCUUACACGAGAAAUGCAUAUCCGGUGGAUUGCUUCGAGCGCGCACUGUUAUUCUGGCAGCUACACAGUUAGGUGCAUGGAUUCGUGAUGCUCGUCUUUUGGUACGAUUAGAAGAUGGCAAAGUAUGCUCGGUUGAAACUGAGGAUGGGAUCGUCGACUGGAUCGAGGCAAACCAAAUGCGCAUCACAACAGCAGAGGCACCGCUCUUGGACGACACGGUCAACGAUGAUCGUAUCGAAACGCUUUUCGAAAAUGACAAUAAUUUCGCGGACGACGAAUUAUUCGAUGAAGGAUCGGUGAUGCGUGAAUCGAUACGAUAUACAGACGAUGGUAUACGGGACGAAACCAAGUCUAGAGAAAUCGCCUAUGCUACCUACAUUUCUGUAUGGUCAACUGCAUACGAACAUGUUGGCUUACCCAUGUGGAGCUCCACACCAAGUGAGGACACGAUGUUUUUACCCGAAAGUCUAUCAACAAAACACUAUGUCGUGAUCUACUUGACCCUAUGUCUUAUCACGGUAGCCUGUAACUUUAUUCGAACGGUUGUACAAUAUCGAGGAUCUCUACGUGCAUCCAACGGUCUAUUCCAUUCACUACUGAGAGCCAUCUGCCGAGCACCAUUGCAAUUUUUUGACGCCAACACGCACGGACAAAUCAUGAGUCGGUUCAGUAAAGAUAUGGAAACGGUAGACUCUAGCAUCGGAUGGCAUGUCAAUUUCUUGUUACAGACCAUAUUUGGCGUUUUGGGUGUCGUCAUCACCAUUGGUGUUAUCUUGCCCGAGUUUUAUAUCGUAUGCAUUGUUGCCGGCCUUUGUUACUUUUACAUUGGUUCGGUGUACAUACGCGCAUCGCGCGAACUCAAGAAACUAAAUGCAGCCAGUCGACCUCCUAUUUAUUCGUUUUACACGGAUACACUCGCUGGUCUUGCCACGAUCCGAGCAUAUCGUGAAGAAAGAGCCAUGAUGAAGAAAAUGUUUCAGCUAUUGGACGACAAUAUGCGAGCAUUUUACACGCUGUGGACGACGAAUCGAUGGUUGUUUGUGCGCGUCGAGCUCGUGGGUGCAUUCCUUUCGUUCUUUAUCGGCAUACUAUUGAUCUACAAAUCAACAAAUGCAGGACUUGCUGGUAUUGCUCUUACGUUUGCGACAAGUCUACUCGAGUAUAUUUAUUGGUUGAUGCGUCAAUCGACGACAGUGGAUAUGCAUUUUGAAGCUAUCGAGCGCAUCAAUGAAUACGUGGAUAUGACACCUGAACCACCUGGAAUCGUUGAAGGAUCGCGUCCUCCCGCAGCGUGGCCAACAAGUGCCGGAGUACACGCUCGUGACCUUACAGUGGUUUUAAAUCUGGACGGUGAGCACGUGUUGAAGCAUGUAUCGUUUAAUAUACAACCAUGCGAGAAAGUCGCAGUGAUUGGCCGAGCAGGAGGUGAAAAGAGUGCAUUGAUAGCCUGCUUAUUUCGCUUUGUGGAGCCCAUGUGUGGCUCGAUUAAGAUUGAUGGCGUCAAUAUUGCAUGGAUUGGCGUUGAAGAUCUUCGAUCACGGAUAACGUAUAUAUCCAAGGAAGGGAUGCUGAUAAGCGGAACGGUACGAAGUAACUUGGAUCCAUUUGGUGAAUAUGACGAUUAUGAGCUAUGGCAAGCACUCCAACGAGUCCGAUUAGCAAGUCCGUCCCCAGUACCAUCUGCUAAAGACGGUUCCGUCAUAUACGAUUUGGAUAUGGAAAUGAGUAAAGAAGGGGCCCAGUUGGCCGUAGCUGAUCGACAGUUGCUAUGUAUUGCUCGUGCUCUUUUGAGGGAUUGUACAAAGUUCGUCGUCUAUGAAGAAGCAGAGUCAAGUAGUACUGGAGAGCAGGAUAAAGUACACGCAGUAAUCCAGGAUGAGUUUGAGGAGUCGACUGUGCUUGUGAUACCCCAUCGACUACACACGGUGAACAGAUAUGAUCGCGUCAUGGUAUUUGAUCAAGGCGCUUUGGUGGAGUAUGAUCCACCGAUGGAUCUUUUGAAUAAUAGUCAAAGUCUACUGCGAUCAUUGAUGGAGAGAGCCGGUGUAUUGGAUACAUUUUCAUCAUUAUCAUCACCAUCACCAUCACCAUCAACAUAA